AUGUCUCAACCUGCGACAUGCCCUGGCAAUGCUAAUAAGCAUCCCGGACAAGUAGUCCUUGAUGCAAACCGAGUAUUGCGCCCAAAGGGAGUAGUUGCAGCUGAAAGAAACAAGAAGGCAGCAGAGAAAUUGUCCAAGGCUGCUGCCUUGAAGGAUGCUCAAAAGCAGAUUGCAGCAAAGGAGGAUGAGAUGGCUGUUGAGCAACUGAUUCAGGAGCACUUACUGUUUGGUACAGCCAUUGGGGCCAAGAAUUCAGCAACCCAAUACACCGAUAUCCAGAAGAAGAAGCAUCCAGGUCUAAAGCUUGCCUUCAAGGAUGGCGUCAACACCAGUCGAAAGGUGUCGAACAGUGGUGUAAUAGCCGUGAGCGUGACACAUGUUGGAAACACUGAUGAUGGGAAAAUUUCCAAGUCAAUGUCUGAGUCCCUCAGUAGUAUACCUUCAGAGAGAAUGACAGAUGACCAGGGCAACCUUGAGAUGUCGGUCAGUGUUGUGGAGACAGCCAAUUCAAACAAGCCCAUCAAAACUGAAGCUGGACAAUUGCCAUGGGCUCACAACAUCAAGAAAGAAAAACUGAAGAAUGCGCACUUGCCCAUUGGUGCACAGAACUCAGAAUGGCGCUCAAAAUUCAUUCCAACGGUCAUGUAUUGGAUUGGAAACAGCAACUUUUCGUGGACUAUCCCUGACAACACACUCUCAAACCUUCUCCACAAUAUCUACUACUCAGUGUACAAGCAACUGGGAGACUUUGAGGUUGAUGGCAGUAAUGGCACCUUCAAUGUGGUCUGUCAAAGGAUCUCCAAGUGGCGCAGAAAUUUCGGCUCGACUGCUAUCACCAUAUUGAUGGUGUUUUUUGCCUCGACCAAUGAAUAUGAGACACCGGAGACACAGAAGGCUUAUUCAGAAUAUCAAAUUGAAGACUCAUGUUUUGUUUAUGAAGACCCAGAUAGCGAAGAUUCACCUGGAGCUUUCUUAUCCGAGUUCAUCUUGCAUAUAUUUGCUGCACACCUUAAUGCCAUCCAAGGACACCAGUUAAUAGACACGCUCAAUGUUGGCUUACCUGGAUACCAGACAGCACUGGCACUGACUACUGCCACUUCCAAAUGUGCACUUAUUUUAGUUCAUGACAACCUCAUCAUAGAGGACACUUCAGACCAUGGGAAACACAAGAUUGUGUUAACGCUCAAUCAAGCAACCAACAAAAUGAGCAAUACCGGUACCACUUUUUCUGCAGGCAAUUGGGAGACUGACAUGCUUGCUUACAUGGAGUGGAUUGAAGAGCUGCCCUUCAACCGCAUGAAGGAGAUCAUGGAGCGAUCUCAACCAUACAUGAAGUGUCCAUGCCACAAGAGUCAAGACAAGGACACUGUUAUCAACAGUGAAAGCCAUAUCCCUGUGAAUCCAUGA